CGCUUGUUCGCCGUUACCGUUCAAACCCAGAAAGAUGCAGGCCCUCCAGAUGCGCAGCUCCUCCAAGGCCGUGGGCGCCCGCUCGGCGAAGCCCUCUCGCGCCAGCGCUGUGCGCGUCCAGGCCACCUCUCGCGUGGACAAGUGCAAGAAGAGCGACAUCAUUGUGUCGCCCUCCAUCCUGUCCGCUGACUUCUCUCGUCUGGGCGACGAGGUGCGCGCCAUCGACCAGGCCGGCUGCGACUGGGUGCACAUCGACGUUAUGGACGGCCGCUUCGUGCCCAACAUCACCAUCGGCCCGCUGGUCGUCGAGGCCCUGCGCCCCGUGACUGACAAGGUCCUGGACGUGCACCUGAUGAUCGUGGAGCCCGAGCUGCGCAUCCCCGACUUCGCUAAGGCUGGCGCUGAUAUCAUCUCGGUGCACGCUGAGCAGUCAUCGACGAUCCACCUGCACCGCACCCUGAACAUGGUCAAGGACCUGGGCUGCAAGGCCGGUGUUGUGCUGAACCCCGGCACCAGCCUGUCCACUAUUGAGGAGGUGCUGGACGUUGUCGACCUGAUCCUGAUCAUGUCCGUCAACCCCGGCUUCGGCGGCCAGAAGUUCAUUGAGAGCCAGGUCGCUAAGAUCCGGAACCUCAAGCGCAUGUGCAACGAGAAGGGCGUGAACCCCUGGAUUGAGGUUGACGGUGGCGUGACCCCCGAGAACGCCUACAAGGUGAUCGAUGCGGGUGCCAAUGCCCUGGUGGCCGGCUCUGCCGUGUUCAAGGCCAAGUCUUACCGCGAUGCCAUCCACGGCAUCAAGGUGUCGAAGGCCCCCGCCAACGUGAUGGCGUAAAGCGGCUUCGUCCUUGUAACAUACGGGUAUUCGCGGAGGUUUUGUGGAGAGGGGCGCGGAGGUUUUGUGGCGAGGGGCGCGGAGAGGGUGAGCUGGUGUGAUGAGCGGCAAUUUUGGGCGAGCAAGGGGAGAGGCGGAGUGUGUGUCUCGGCGUGGGUUGAAGUCGUUUGCUGUUGUGUUUACUUUUCGAGAAGGAUAGCCUUCGUUCCGGAUGCAAGUAGGGAUCGGUACCGCUGCGGGUUUGGGCCGCGUACUGAUCUGCGUGUUGAGGCCUCUUCCAUCACGUGCUGCAUCUCGACGUACGGGAACUUGGCAGCGCAUGGUUACGAACAGCGGAACUGUACAACGUUGGAUGGCCUUAACUCCCAACCACUCACAAAUCAGAGGCCUUGGACCUAUGCGGCCAUACCAGUCAGGGACGGGGCACACUAUUUCUGGGAACUGUGACUACGCGCCAGGGUUGCCCUAGUACGUCACCCUCUCUGUAUUAUACGCGUAUUGAUGCAGCGUGCUCCUAGUACAGUACGUUAAAGUAAAUUGCCUAAUACCCUGGGCGGCGAAAUCCGGGGGGAUAGCUGGUGCAAACACGACACGCGUGCCCCGCGUGUUCGAAUCGAUGUAAAUUUUGAGUUUC